AUGCACAGCGCUCGCCGCAGCUGGGCGCAGCUUAGCGCUGGCGCGCCCGCAGCCCGAUCCCUCGGGACGGUGGGCGCACCGCAGCCGGCCAGCUUCGAGGCGCUCGACAUCUCGGGCGUCCUGGACCGCUUUGAGCUAGUGCGGACCGAGCGUGUGCCCGAGCGAGGCCUGACGGCGACGCUCUACCGCCACAAGGCGACCUCGGCGGAGGUGCUCUCCAUCGACGCCCCGGACGAGAACAAGGUCUUCUCUUGCAACUUCCGGACGCUCCCAAAGGACGACACGGGCGUGCCUCACAUCCUCGAGCACUCGGUGCUGUGCGGCUCGCGGCGCUACCCGCUGAAGGAGCCCUUCGUCGAGCUCCUCAAGGGCUCGCUCAAGACCUUUCUGAACGCGAUGACCGGCCCGGACCGGACAAUGUACCCGGUCGCCAGCCAGAACAAGCAGGACUUUUUCAACCUCGUCUCCGUGUAUCUCGACGCGUGCCUCUUCCCGCGCGUGCUUGACCCGGUCGAGGGGCCGAGGAUCCUCAAGCAGGAGGGGUGGCACUACGACGUCGAUGACGCAGAGGGGCCGCUCAAGUACAAGGGCGUGGUCUUCAACGAGAUGAAGGGCGUCUACUCGAGCCCGGACCAGCUCCACUACCGCGCCCUCAAAAAGGCGCUCUUCCGCGGCCACCCGAUCUACGCGAUCGACUCGGGCGGCGACCCGCGCUCCAUCCCGACGCUGACGUACGACGCGUUCGCCGACUUCCACCGCCGGUACUACCACCCCUCCAACGCAAAGAUCUACGUGUACGGCGACGAGGCCGAGCUGCCCACCGCAGAGCGCCUCGCGCUGCUCGAGUCGUGGCUCGCCGAGUUCGGCUCCUCGCGCGGCGGAGGCGACGAGCAGAUCCCGUGGCAGCCCGCAGAGCCGGAGCCGUACGAGGUGUCCGAGCCGUACCCCGUCGACGCGGCCGCGGCUGCCGCGCCGACGCAGUUUGUCACCCUCGGGUGGCUCUUCCCACCCAGCCCGCUCGAGCCGUCCAAGAAGCUGGCUUGGGGCGUGCUCAACGACUUGCUCCUUGGCAAGCCGAGCGCGGCGCUGCAGCAGCCACUGCUCGCCUCCAAGCUGGGCUCCGCCGUCGUCGGCGGCGGGUACGGCGCGUCGCUGCAGCAGGCCGCCUUCUCCGUCGGCCUCAAGGGCGUGGCUCCCGGCGACGAGGCGAAGGGGCGGGUGUCGGCUCUAAUCCUCGAGACGCUCGACUCGAUCGCCGAGAGCGGCUUCGAGCAGUCGGCGGUCGAGGCGUCGAUGAACACGAUCGAGUUCCGGCUGCGCGCGGCGUCCGCCUCGCCGAUGAAGGGCCUCUCCUUCAUGAUGGGCGCCCUCUCCGAGUGGGUGUAUGGGCGCGACCCGAUCGAGCCCCUCCGCUUCGAGGAGGCGCUCGCCUCGCUCAAGGAGGACGUCGCGCGGAGGGGCGGCGCGGUCUUCGUCGAGCUCCUGCGCGAGUCGGUGCUCGAGAACCGCCACCGCUGCACGCUCUCCCUCGUCCCCGAGCCGGAUCUCGGAGGCAGGCUGCAGGCGGCCGAGGAGCAGGAGCUGAGCGCCGUGCGCGAGCGGCUCAGCGCCGGCGAGCUCAAGGCGCUCGAGGAGGAGACGCGCGCGCUGCGGGCGGCGCAGGCCGCGCGGGACGACCCCGCCGACCUCGCCAAGCUGCCCACCCUGUCGACGUCCGAUUUGACGGCGUCCACAAAGUCCAUCCCGAUCGAGGUGGACGAGGUGGCGGUGGCGGGGGGCGGGCGCGCCACCCUCCUCACCCACGAGCUGCCCACCGACGGGCUCGUGUACCUCAACGUCGGCUUCGACCUCGCUCGCCUGCCCAUCGACGACGUGCCAUACGUGCCGCUCCUCUGCAGGAUGAUGUCCGAGCUCGGCACCGACACCCUCGACGAGACUGCCUUCUCGCGCACGGUCAGCGCUCAGACGGGCUCGCUCGGCGUCUCGACGAUGACGUCCGCCAAGCCGAGGCCGGGCGGCGCCGCCGGGUCACCCGACGAGGCGGUGGCGAUGCUGAUGCUGAGCGGCAGGGCUGUGGCCGACAAGGCGCCGCAGCUGUUCGACCUGGCGGCGGACAUGCUGGCGAGUACGCAGCUCGACAACGCAGAGCGCGCCGUCGCGAUGCUCAAGCAGUCCCUCGCCCGCGCCGAGGCGGCGGUCGUCUCGUCGGGCAACUCGUACGCCUCCGCGGCCCUCGCGGCGCGCUUCUCGCUCUGCGGCUCGGUCGACGAGAUGCUGGGCGGCGUCUCGCAGCUCCACACCCUCCGAGGCGCGCUCGAGCAGGCGCAGAGCGACUGGCCGGCCCUCCUCGCGCGGCUCGAGCGGAUGCGGUCUGCGCUCCUCUCGGCCGACGGCGCGGUCGUCAACUUGUCCGCCGACGAGCAGUCCCUCGCGACGACGGCCGCGCACGUGCCGCGCCUGCUCGGGCGGCUCCCCUCGGCGGCGGCGCCGAGCGACGGCGGCUGGGCGUGGUCGGCGGGGGGCGUGCUCGUGCCGUCGCACGAGGGGCUGCAGGUGCCGACGCAGGUGAGCUACGUCGCCAAGGCGCUCCCCAUCUUCCAGCCGGGAGAGAGGAUCUGCGGCUCAACUUCGGUGGUGUCGCGCUAUCUGCGCACGGCCUACCUGUGGAACACGGUGCGCGUCCAGGGAGGCGCGUACGGCUGCAACCUGGCCUUCAGCCGCCUCGACGGGCGGGCGACCUUCAGCUCCUACCGCGACCCGAACCUCGCAGCCACGCUCGAGGCCUACGACGGCACCGGCGCCUAUCUGCGCAGCAACCCUCUCGGGCCAAGCGAGCUGUCCAAGGCCAUCAUCGGAGCGGUGGGCGAGCUCGACGCGCCGCAGUCGGUCGACGCGCGAGGCGUCACCUCGAUGGUGCGCCACUUGCUCGGCGUGACGGAGGAGGAGCGGCAGAUUUGGCGCGACGAGGUGCUCGCCACGACCGCCGCGGAUUUUGUCGCGUUCGCCGACCGGAUCGACGAGGUGGCCGCCCGCGGGUCGGUCGCGGUCGUUGCGUCCGAGAGCGCAAUCGCCGAGGCGAACGUGGCGCUGCCAGAGGCGGCAAGGCUGCAGGCGAAGGCGGUGCUCUGA